ACUCCGCACACUGUGCCCACCUGCGCCAGGAUGCCAGACGCCAUGCUCCCCGCCUGCUUCCUGGGCCUGCUGGCCUUCACCUCUGCCUGCUACUUCCAGAACUGCCCGCGGGGCGGCAAGAGGGACUUGUCUGACCUGGAGCUGAGACAGUGUCUCCCCUGCGGCCCCGGGGGCAAAGGGCGCUGCUUCGGGCCCAGCAUCUGCUGCGGCGACGAGCUGGGCUGCUUCGUGGGCACGGCCGAGGCGCUGCGCUGCCAGGAGGAGAACUACCUGCCGUCGCCCUGCCAGUCGGGCCACCAGCCGUGCGGGAGCGGGGGCCGCUGCGCCGCCGCCGGCUUCCACCGCCGCGCCCGCGCCAGCGACCGGAGCAACGCGACCCAGCUGGACGGGCCGACCGGCGCCUUGCUGCUGCGCCUGGUGCAGCUGGCGGGGGCGCCCGAGCCCGCGGAGCCCGUCCCGCCCGGCGUCUACUGA